UGGCACAGUUAAAGUCCUGACCCAUGACAGGAGCAUAUUUCUCCCAUCACUCUCAUUAUCCUCCUAUUGAUCCCCUGGUCUUUAAAUCGAUUCAUCUCCACCAAGACGAUGCAAGACUAUUAUUUUCCACAGUUAACACCCCAGGGAGAAGGUUAAAUCUUUAUGCUUUCGGUGCAAAAUACUGUCUGCAAAGACAUUUCCUGUUGAUGAUCUGAUGACGGCAGAGAACUAACCACAUGGCUGCUCAUGACUUAGGCUAAAGCCCGGGGGCAGUUUCUGUUGCUUUCCAGGACUCACUUUGUGUGUUCUGUCAAUGGACCACCACUUAAUGAGGGGCUAUCUACAGCUGUAGUCCAUAAAUCAUUUGUUCACAGUAGGGGAGAGUGGGGCUGACCCUAUUGUCUCCGUAGUUAGGAUACUGAGGACCAUGAAGACCCCUCUCUGGUCCCUGCUGCUGCUGUGUCUGUGUGUCCCGGGACACUGUAGUGAAUGCCAGGGGGACUGCCUGGCCUGUGGCCUCAUCCUGCCGCAGGAGAUCAACUUCAACACACUGGUGUGUCUGGUGGAGUGUGAGGGUAACGUCUCCCCUGCCUUCACUUGGGACAUGUGCCGCAAGGCCUCAGCCUCCCCACAGUUACCCUCCCUGUCCAUAGGGGGCGCUGCCAUGCUGACGCGGGCCCAGAAGGAGGUGGAGGCCAUGCUGCCAGAGGAAGAAGAGGAACAGGGGGAAGGGGGGCUGAUGUACCCAGUAGCCCUGCAGAGGUUUGACCACGUGGUCCGUUCUCUGGGCAUAGAUGAGCUGGGCAGUGAGAGCCGGCUAACCGCUGAUGUCUACAACUCCCAGCUGCCCCAGGAAAUGCAGGAAAGGGAUGAGGAAGUUGGGGACGAGGAAGAGGGGGAUAACGGGAUGGAGAGAGAGCAGGACGGAGCGGCGGGGAUAAGUCUGUCGAAGCGCUUCGGGGGGUUCCUGAAGGGAAGGCAUGGAUACAGGAAGUUGAUGGGCCCCGGGAGGCCCUUGCAGAAGCGCUACGGCGGGUUCAUAGGCAUCCGGAAAUCUGCCCGCAAGUGGAACAACCAGAAACGGUUCAGUGAGUUCCUGAAGCAAUACCUGGGCAUGAGCACCCGAGCUAGCAAGUCCUACAACAGUGUCUCCGCUGACAUCACCCAACAGAACAAGGUGUAGCAACGCACACGGCAACUGUAUCCCUGGCAAUGACGCACAUAUUGUAACCUAGCAACCCCCAACCCCGCUCUACAUAUUCAAAUCCGUCACCAAGGUGAUGAUUAAACUUCUGUUCCGAACACAACCCCUCAUGAAAAUCCACACUGGAGCAUUAUAGAUUCAGUCUUGUAUACUGCAUUUCCUCAUUGAUAACGAUAACAUAUUAUGAAUAAAAGCUAAGAAAAUAGUAAAAAAAGACCAUGUAUAUAGCUAAAUGGUUUAUCAGAGAAUCACAUUGGAUUAAUAGUAUAGACACACGAACACACUAUAUUUGUUUUGCUUUCUAUACUGCAUCUGUAAUGUAACUUUUCAAACCACAUUUGCCUUCAUCAAUUAUGGCUAUUAUUAUUACAUAGGCUAAUUCAGUGUAAACUUCAUGAAUUUAAAUGACUUACUAGUGAAGUUUCCAUGGAUUUCUUGAACCAGUACAGUACAUGAGAGGGAGACUGUUUGGUGACCAGGCAUGGCACUCCCUUUGUUAGGUUGCCCUCUAGUGGCUAACCCAAAAAUUACUUUUAGAUUUCCAAUUGAAAAUGCGCUAAAAUAUGUUCAUGACUAUCUUAUAUAAUAUAUAACACAAUCUCAGUAUUAGGUUUGUGGAUGGCUUGUAACCUAUUCACAUCUUCAGAAAUAUUCUCCAAACUUCAAUUUCAACCCUGGCUACUAUAAUUUGGAGCAAAACAUCACAAUUAACUGUUACUACUGCGUAAGACUUAAAUAUUAUAUCCAUGCUCUUGUACCAAUGAUCUGUUGGCGAAACUAAUGUUCUGACUUGAGAAUGAACCUUGGCAUGUGUUUUUUGAAGCCGAAGCAGAUGUAGCCUAGGCCUAUUCAAUCAGUUCAAGUGUUAACCAGCGAUAGCAGACGUCUGCAUAGUGCAUGUUUUCAUGGUGUUGGAGGUGGAACUGCGUAGGUGCUGUCAAAUCGGUGAGCAACUGCUCUUGCCAUCAUUGUCACCAAGCCACUCCCGCCCCACUAGUGUUAAAAGUUAAGAUCGAGAAAGUGUAGGCCAUGGUUCCCCAACUGGCGGCCCAACAAUAAAAAUAAAAAAAGUGGACCUAAAAGACAAAAAACAGCAGCAAAUCAGCUCCAAGUGAUUUAAAUUUAGGAAAUCUGUUCCAAACUAUUCCCACACAUAGAUAUGUGAACAUAUACAAAUGGAAGAAACAUUUGAAAUUAUGUUUUAGUCAAACGUUAUAUCUGUUUGGGCUUCUUGUGGUCAAUUUGCAGUCUACAAAUGAUUUGUAAUUAUGUUCAGGCCCCAGACCAUCCGCUCAAGAAAAUAAAAUUAUAAUCAGCCCGCGACUGAAUCUAGUUGAUGAUCCCUGGUGUAGGCUAUAAAGAAAUAGUUACUCUAACAUUCCAGUGUUCCAACUGUAACCAAGGCUGCAUGGGAUUUGUCUUAAUGCACUCCGUUCAGCCAAUGGCAAUGUCCGCUUUAGGAUGAAUGCCAGGAACCGCUUGUGGAUUUGGCAUCUCUGACGCAGUUCCACCUCCAACACCACCAAAACAUUAAAUAGAGCCCCUACUGUAUGUAUGAACAGUCAUCUGAAUUAUUAUGUGAAACCAUUUUGUUGUGCAGCAUUAAACCUGUAAAUGGCAGAACUUUUACAUAUCAAUAAAGAUAGUUUACUAUUUGUUUUGUGGCUUGUUAUGCAGCAAAUGAUUCGGUGUCUUGAGGUGUUUUGUUCCAACGUCCUAGAAUGUUCACGAGACAAUGACAUCUUGUAUGAAUCCCACAAUGCUCCAUUUAUUAAACAAAAAAUGUCCACACCAAUAAUGUCUUGUAUAAUAACAAUAAAAGUCCUCUCUUGAUCAAAUAAAAUAUCUGUAUAGAUGCAGGCCCACAACUCAACAUAGAAAGACGUAUAACUUUACAUCUAACUUGAGGCCAAACAUUUGAAAAAGGAGAAUAAAAACAAGACUACUAGUGACAGGGUUAGUCUUUAUCAAGCAUAUUUCAACAUCAAAAAGACCAAAACAUUCCAGAUUCCAUAUAAAAAUAGUGCAUCAUAAUAAAAAAUUACUUCAUUCAAAGGUAAUUUCUUUCUCCAGGUACAGUACAUACAGGUAACUGCCAAAAUAAAGGAAACGCCAACAAAGUGUCUUAUAGGGUGUUGGGCCACCACAAGCCACCAGAAAUGCUUCAAUACACCUUGACAUAGAUUCUACAUGUGUCUGGAACUCGGAGGGAUGCGGCACCAUUCCAUCAUUUGGUGUUUUGUUGACGGUGGUGGAAAACGCUGUCUCAGGCGAUGCUCCAGAAUCUCCCAUAAUUAUUCAAUCGAGUUAAAAUCUGGUGACUGAGAGACACACACACACUUUAAACCCUCUAUGCGCCUUUAAGACCCCUCUUUCAAAGUCACCAAAACAAUGGGCAACUGGGCAUUUUAUACAUGACCCUAAGCAUGAUGGGAUGUUAAUUGUUUAACUCAGGAACGACACCUUUGUGGAAGCAUCUGAUUUCAAUAUACUUUGUAUCCCUCAUUUACUCAAGUGUUUCCAUUAUUUUUGGCAGUUACCUAUACAUAACACAAUAUAUAAGCGUUUUUUGCUUCUGUGGAUUAAUUGGCUUACUGCAAGGAAACAUGAGUUUCAAUAAACAAGCAUUUUGGGUUUUAACAUAUGAAAACAUCUUUAUGCAUGUUAAUUUACAAUAAGUGGCAGAGUGACAAGGGUUUAGGGCCACAAUGCCCUUGAGCAGCAUAUAAUUCUAGAUAAGCCCUUAGCCAUGUAAAUGUUUUCAGACUCAAUCCUGGCACCAUAUUUUAGUUCUUAUUAUUGGCACCACGUGGCACAUUCCACAUCAAACCUGGAACCUCGAUAACAUAAUUCAGUUAGUGUCUCAGCAGUACUGAGGCUGGUACUGGAGUGUUGGAUAUCCAAGCAUAUGGCAAAUGUAUGGAGAUAGAUUCCUGACAAAAUAUAUUUAUACAAAUGGCUCAUUUUAUUACAACGAUGUGAGUAAGAGACCAGAGCUGCCAAUGACCUCCAUGUUUUAAAGGGAACCAAUACUUUCACGUCAUAGUGUCUCUUUAAUUAUAGACUAGUGCUCUGAAAUGAUAUCCGUUGGCAUAACCAAAGCCUGUUACGAGGCUAUAUUAUAGACUAUUUCUGGUGUAACUAAGAAGACUUUAAGGCAUACCAGAAAGGAUAGCUACCGUAGCUGCUAACAACAAGGACGAGAUACUGGGUCCUUAACUUUAACAGUUGGUUACAUCAUGCUCAGAGAAGUGAAAAUCAAUGUGCAUGUCAUCUGAUUGGUCUAAAGUGUGUGAAUUGAUUCCUAUAUCCCACAACAUGGUAAUUCUUGGCGGAACAUUGUAUUUAACACACCUUAGAAAAACGACAAGUUGCAAAAUAUAGACAACAUCGCUGGAUAAUAUAACGAAACACAAUACAAAUUAACAUAUUCAACAUCCCCCCCCAAAUUGUUUUGUUCCCUUAAAAAAGCCAAAAACAU